GAGUUUCAUUCGCCCUCAGUAUUUCAUUGCUACCCUGAACGUUGUACGCUCAAAGUAGAUUCAUCUCUGAACUGUAUGAAGUAGAGAAUAAAAUUUUUAACGAUACGAGUUAGUUAUCUAUCAAUGAACAUUUUUUAAAACCAUCAACUACAAAAUAUAAAUUUAUAUCAACGCGUUUAUUCUAUAAUUAACAAGAUGAUUUUCCAGCGGCUAUUUUUCCUUGGAAUCGCUAUUGCCAUAGCUGAAUGUCUUCCGACUGGACUGAUGGAAGAUGUUGCCAAAGCAGAUAAGAUUAUGAGACCGAAAUCGAAAAGAACUCAAGAAGUUUUCAUGUUCGGAAAUCAACAGAAUCGUCGCGUUGACAAUUCAGCGUCUUCCAACACUUUCACUCCAAAUAAUGAAAAAAGAACUCUUGGAACAUCCGGACUUGAGGAUGUCAAAGCGGCCUUGUCAGAAGAUGAAGCUCGAAGCCACUUUAAACAAGCAAACCCUCCAAUGUUUGAUCGGGAUGGUUUAUUAUUAUCACCUUAUGAAAAGAAUUAUUUGUAUGGAAAAGUUAUGGUAAAUGAAAUGGGUGAUGAUUAUCCAAGAAGUUGGGAUGUCUUGCCUUACUCUGGAUACUACAAUUACGAAGAAGAUCGACGUAAACGAUCUGAUAAAUCUAGUUCCAAACCUUCAUCUACCUCUCGUCCAACACAAUCAACAACAGUUUCACCUUUAACAUCUUCAGCCACUCCUCUUCCAGCGACUCGAAAUACUCCUCGACCAGUUUCUCAAGUGAAAAGAAGUCCAUCAGCUUAUCCAGAACUUCGAUACAAACGUGCUUUGGAUCGUGAAGACCUUUUAGCUCUAUUGACCCUUUGGGAAAAUAGCUCUCGAAACCGGAACUGGCAUAAUUAUGGAAAUGAUGAAUACGAAAAUAUUGACGACGGUGGUAAUGUUGUUGGACUUGAAGAUGAUGAUUCAAGAGCUGGUGCUUGGUUGGAAGGCCCUGUCUACACUCCUCGUCAUUUUAGUCUUGGCUCUGAUGUAGCUCCUUCAGACAUCGGUAUCCCACGUACUCACCCAGUUAAUUCUUACGAACAAUUCAACAACCAAUAUGAACCUGCUUAUGAGAGCACACAAUAUGGAACAGCUCAAUAUGGCUCACUUUACCCUCAACACAGCUAUUAUCCACCAGAGAAAAGGUUUAUGGUCUCUCGAAAACGCUCUCAGGGAUAUGAUUCUUAUGCUGGUCGCAAUCUCAACGAUGUCAUUAAUUUCUCGCAAAUGAUGAAUUCACAACCCCAAGGAUAUCUCAAUUAUCCUCGUAUGCUCUAUUAAUUAAUAUAUUAUUAUUGCUACAAUCUUGUAGAAUCUAACAAAAUGAUCUAAAUACAUUAUCGAUGUAUAGAGUCCAAGGAUCUUCAAAUAAGCAUAAAAAUCUUUGAAUAUUGAAAUUAUUAUUGAAUGUCUGCACAGUUAAAUUAAAUUUCGAUGUUGAAUUAUAUAAAAAUUUGUUAGUUUGAAGAUUCUUGUUGACUUAGAGAAUUAAACUUUUGGAACAAUAUAAAAUCGAUAAACUGAGUUUCAUGUGUUUCAAAAUUGAAUUGAAAAUAAUAUAUUAUGGAUCAAACAAAACUAUUACAUAUAUAAACGCAAAAAAAGAAAAAAAAAUAUUUAAAAGCUACAUGACUGAUCUACUAAAUUAAAAAACGUUAUGAUAUUGAAAAUUCAACAUUCCAAUAAACAAAAAACAUUUAUAUUUACUUAUUAAUUAAUGGUAAUCAUUGAUUUACGGCUAUUUCACACGACAUUCAAGUUACGAGUUCGAUAUUUCACGCGAAGAUAUCAAUCUUUGAUAUUUUGGUACUUCCUUAUUCACUCUAUUCAAUCAAUUUAAUUAAAAAAAUUGAAAUAAGUAUUUAAAAAUCCGACUACCGUCAAUUAUAUUUAUGUAAAAAAAAUUUAACUUUUUCAACUCUACUAUUAAUAAUGAAGCUUUAUACCUUAUGUAUUCAACUCAGAGAAACCUGUUUAAAUCAAAAGAGCAAUUGUUAUCGCAGGAAGUGUAUUAGCUAAACUUUAACAAAGUUUUCUUUAUUGUUCUUGUGUAAUCCAACGUUAAUUUCUAGUUAACGUAUAAUGAUUUUAACAAUUUAUGUCACGUUUGAAACAUCAAUUAUUUUCUAUUGAGAAAAUAAUGCGGAUAAUUAAUUCCACUAUAAAUCACGUCGUGAAAGCUUUUUAAUUAAUUUCAUUUAUCGUAUCCGUGUGUCGUGUGAUGAACAUUAUUACUCAUAACUAUAUUUUACUGUAUUUUUAUAAGAAAAAAUGAGAAUUACAGUGCACGUAAUAUAAUGAAUAAAAAUGGAAAAAUAAUUUUAUCUAAAACUACACAUAUAUGACACCUAAAUAAAAAUCUAUUGAUGCACUGUAUUAUUUAUCGUUAAUAUAAGUUAAUAAUGUAUAAUAUUAACUAAUAUUACCCAGUUAGAGAAAUUCUAUAAUUUAUCAGUAUACGCCAAAAAUCAUAGUUAAUCAUGUACGUAAAUUAAUAUCCUAAAAAUUAUCAAUAUAUAUAUAAUCGGUGUGCAUUAAAUGUAAUUUUUUUUUCAUCUUUAUAAGUUUAUUUCUAUUUAAAAUAAUCCAUUUUUUCCUAAAUAGUAUUUUUUUUUACUACAAUCAAUUUAUUUCCAUAAACAGACUGCUUACAAUAAUUGAUUGAAAGAAUUUAAUGGUAAUAAAUGAACAUAAUGAAUGAACUCUGAUAUUGCUACAAUCAAGAAAGAGACUAAUAAUCGACAUUUGUACCGAAAAAGAAGAUGUCUUCGGUAAAUUAAAUAUUUUUUUAAUAGUAAGACUACAUAAUAAACAAAAUAGGUCUAUAUAGAGUACAACUUUAUUUAUCGAUAUUAUGUCGAGUUCUAUUUUUUUAAAUAAUUCAAGAUAAAGAGAAACUUACACUGCAUUCAAUAAAACAAUUCCAAUAUUUUCUUGUUAUAAACUGGUUCAGUUAAUUGAAUACAUUUUUAAUGAAUAUUUUUUUAUUGAUAUAUGUAAUUAUUUUAACUUAUUACAUAUCAGCUCAGCUUUGUGUCAAUAUUUAGUUAAUUUUUGUUAAGUUUUGUAUGAAUAAUUUAAAUAUUUAUUGUUGUUAU